CACCGUCAGGCUGAGGAACGGUACAUAUAAAAGAGCAGCCCGCCUCUUUAUGUAGAGAUCACUUUUACUGGAGCACAGUUCAGUUAGCAACAUUGCAGUGGUCAUACACACAAUGCUGAAAUUUAAGUGGAUUGCAGUUUUACUCUACACUUUCAGUUGGAUCUCUUCCAUAGUCACACAGUUUUAUGCUGUGGAGGUUCAGCCUGGUGAAGAAGUCACACUGGAGUGCUCCAACUUUAGCAGACAUCCUGGUCACAUAUUCUGGUUCAAAAUGACCAACAGACCCAACGUGAGCAGAAUCUCAUCUAUGGUCACUGCUGAAAGAAAUGCUUCUCUCCAAGAUGGUCUUCAAGCUGGCAAAUUUAACAUGACGUCCAACACCUCUGUGCUGUUUCUCAAUAUCAAACACCUGGAUUCAUCUGACUCUGGCUUGUAUUUCUGUGGAGAGUACAAAGAUGAUAAGACGGUAAUUUCAAGUGGAACAUAUUUAAAGGUGCAAGAUGUGUUUGAUGGAUUAACAAAUGUGAUGACUGUGAUCCUGGGCAGUUUAAUUGUUCUUCUUCUACUGGUCAUCAUUGGUCUGGCUGCCCAAAUCAGGAAAUUUCAUCCAGCUCAAGAUGAUGGACAGAAUCCACAACAGAGUGAGAAUGUGGAUACUGAUGACAUGAACUAUGCAGCACUGAAUUUCCAUCCCAAAGCUAAAAUCAGAAGGCCUGUACCACAGAGUGAGCUGGACACAAAUGUGGUGUAUGCUUCUACAAAACACUUGAAAAACAACAGGAACAUCAACACAGAGUGAAAGCUGUCACACUGAUCUCUUGUGAGGGAUUUGCACCUUUAGUGUAUGGAAAGAAGAAGAUGAGUGGGAUAUAUUAGGAAGCAAAUGAACAUUUUGUCUUCAAAGUUAAAAUGUGUUAGAAGAAGGAAAAAUUGGCUAGAUUUGUAUGAGUUUGAGAAGGGGCAUUCAGUCUCAAAUUAUACACACACACACACACACACACACACACACGCAUAUAUUCAGGCCUGUUUUUUAAGUAUUAAAAUCUGAUGAACUGAACGGAUAAACAUGAAUAUCUCAAGGAUUAUAAUUAUAACAUAUGAUUAUAUUAUACUAUAUUAUCAUUAUAACUGUAUAACACAAUAAUAAUAAUAUUAUUUACAUUUUUCAAGCUUUAUCUAUAAAAAAGAAAGAACGAGCCAGAGAAUUUCGGGCCAUUGGGCCAUUUUCACAACUUUCUAGUUGUAACUGUAACUGAGAAAAUAGCUUUUGAGCACUAUCUGAAAAUUCAGUUUCUAUUUGCAUGUAUAUAAUUAUAAUAAUAUAAAUAUUUUUAUUCUAAAGUAUUAUUCUAAGGUAAUAAGGUAAAAGGUAAAAUUAAAUAUAUAUAUAUUUAAACUAAAAUUAUAUUUCUGCUAAUUAGGCAAAUAGCAAACUGAAUUUUUUAUAUCCUAAUUUCACACACACGACUUCUCUGAGAAAUCAAGCAUAACAAGCAACCACUGUUCACACACUGUGGCGAUUUUCAAACUUAUGUAAGAGCUUUACUUCUCUGCAGCUUCCCUAAGUCCUGGAACUGAAAUACCUUCAAAUCACUGAUUUUAUUAAUUAUUCUUCACUUCUUUUGCUUAUUUUUUUUCUUUAUCAUCCAAAGAAUUUAUGUCUGUUUGUUUCAGCCCAGGCAGUUCAGUAUGGUGAAGAAAUCAAACUGCUCUACUCCAAACUUCUUCUUCUCAGAUAUUCUGCCUUAAAUACAUAAACAGAAGCAGUCCUAUUUGUCCUAUGCUCAGAUUUUUUGAGCCAAAUUUAUAUAUACAUCCAAAGUAUUAAUGUGAUAAUGGCUGUAGUAAAUAAUAAAUUGGGUGCAUAAUUUUUAUCAUUUAGGUGUAAAUGAGGAUGUUAACAAACAAUGCAGAGAUGUGAAUAAACACUUGACACAGCAUAACAAACACAUACAUCUGAAAUAAAUUAAUGCAUAUCUUUAAAGAGGACCUUUCAUAAAUCUCCUUACCAUUUGUCACACAUAUACUGGUACAUUUGUGUAUGUUCAGAUGGCCAAAGUUUCAGAUAAUGAGGUUGUCUUAUGUACGAAUAACCCCCGUGAGUCAUAAUGACAGACGGCUGACUGUUCAGAGAUAAAUUUAGCCGUUAAACCCUUGCAUCAGUUUGAUGUAACAGAUAUAACUAAUCUCACCUACACAGGUCUGGUUGCGAGGACAAAAGUCGUCAAAACCUACUGUUUAUGAAGGGCAGCCAAUCAAUAGAAAGUUAGCGUAAAAGGACAGUGAGGGCACCAAGAGGAUUAGUUUAAAAGGAAAUCAUGAAAAACUGCUUCAUAACUUUAUGAUGAUGAGCUUAAAUUCUCUCUUUUGAGAGCUAUUAAGCUCUAUUGUUUAGUUGCAUCUCAUAAAGGGAAAUCGUGUUUGACUCUUAUGACUCAGCUCUUGACAUGAUCAUCAGGACGCAACACUUCAUCUGCAUGGAACAACUAAAACCAGGAGGCAUGCAACAGGGAAAAAAUAAGAAACUCGUGUUAUCCAUGCUGUGACCAGACAGCCCGAACACAACUAACUUUUUCAAGCUAGCGUUGAAAUAUUGUGUCUGUCCCAAAAAAUAAGAUCGCUUCUGUAUUGUGAUUAAAAAGUUAAGCUUGUAAUAAAUAUGAUGAACAUGAUAUUGUUGUCUUUAAUAAUUUUUAUGUUGAAGGACAUAAGUCAGGACAUUAAAGACUGUCAAGUGUUUCUUACACUGAGAGUUAGAUGGAGGUUUGCAGCAGUCGAGGAGAGACUGAGAUAUACAUCAUGAGCAACAGGAAACAAUAACACGGUGUGGUCUGAGCAAAACUGACUUUGAGAUCAUGAGGUCUGUCACAUCAAAUAUCUGUCUCGUUUUGCUCUGUUGUUGUCUUGUUUGGGUUUUUUUCUGAAUAAAAAACAUUUUCAUGUGCA